CUCUCUCUCUCUCUCUCUGCAGUUUUCGAUUCUCUCUCUACCGAGGAGCUGAUGGGGAGACCGCCGAGCAACGGAGGCCCAGUCUUCCGCUUCAACCAUACUGAGGUUGCUGAGAUGGAAACUAUACUGCAAGAACACAAUACUCAGAUGCCUACACGUGAAGUUCUUGUAGCUCUUGCCGAUAGGUUCAGUGCUUCAGUGGAACGGUCAGGAAAGAUUGUAGUUCAAAUGAAACAAGUGUGGAAUUGGUUCACAAAUAGGCGGCAUGCUCUCAGGUCAAAGGCCAAGUAUCCUAGGACAUUAAAUGUAUCACCUAUUGCUUGGGAUGAUUCAAGUGCAGUGAUAAAUGUCCCUCAAACCCCUCAAUCUGUAACUGCUCCAGCGAACCGGACAAUGUAUUUAUCAAAUAUGCCUUGGGAUGAUUCUGCUGCAGUGAGAAAUGUCCCUCAAGCCCCUCAAUCUGUAAAUCCUCCAGUGAACUCUACAAUCUAUGUAUCACGUAUGCCUUGGGAUGAUUCUACUGCAGUGAGAAAUGUCCCUCAACCGCAUCAAUCUGUGACUGCUCCAGUAUCAUUUUCAGCAGUUCAAAGCGCAGGAAGAGCUGUUUCAGAUAAAAAUCAUGCGGAGUUCAAAGCUAAAUCUGCAAUGGAUGGUGUUGUUUUGCCCUCAUUAUCAUUUUCAGCAGUUCAAAGUGCAGAAAGAAUUGUUUCAGAUAAAUAUCAUAUGGAGUUCGAAGCUAAAUCUGCAAGGGAUGGUGCAUGGUAUGAUGUUGCAAUGUUUAUGUCUCAUCGAUCUCUUGAGAAGGGUGAUGCGGAGGUUCUGGUUCAUUUUGCUGGUCUUGGACCGGAGGAAGAUGAAUGGGUUAAUAUUCGUAGGAAUGUUAGACCACGGUCUCUUCCAUGCGAACCAUCAGAAUGUGCUGCAAUUCUUCCUGGAGAUCUUGUACUCUGUUUUCAGGACGGCAAAGAGGAAGCUCUUUACUUCGAUGCACAUGUUCUUGAUGUACGGAAACGAAGGCAUGAUUUAAGAGGUUGCCGCUGUAGGUUCCGGGUGCAUUAUGAUCAUGAUGAGUCUGAGGAAAUUGUGCCCCUAAGAAAAAUUUGCCGUCGGCCAGAAACCGAUUACAGGUUCCGGCAACUUCGUGGCAUAAACAAAUCCAGUUAUGUGAACAGGCAGAAAAUUGGUGCUGAUACGCAAACGGGCAACACAUUGAAGGCAUAUUCUUCACCUGAACCAAUGCAAAAGCAGCAAAAAGUAGAGGAACCUGAAAUUCUGCAACCCAAAAUUCCCAAGAUUAGUACAGGUGGUGAUGCUGCUAACACCAUCACCGGUGGUUCUGGUCAAGUGGCAACUUCAAUGGUUCCAUCAGCCAAUGUUGUUGUGACAAGUGGCGAUGCUACCAGUGGUUUUGGUCAAGAGGGAACUUCAAUGGUUCUACCGGCUAACAUUGUUGUGACAAGUGCCGCUGCUGCAAUCACCGGUGGUUCUGCUCAAGUGGGAACUUCAAUGGUCCCACCAGCCAAUGUUGCUGUGACAAGUGGCGCUGCUGUGAACACCAUCAUCAUCAGUGGUUCUGUUCAAAAUAUGGCACUAUGAUAAAAGGUUGGUUGUUAGACAUCUUUGGUAUGUUUCUCAUGGAUUGUUAGUUGGAUUGAAUUCAAAUUUAGUUUUUCAGUAUAUAUUUUUCUUUCUGAUGGGUAAAAUUGUAGUUGAAUGAGAACAUUGUGUUUUUCACCCCCAACCCCAACUCACUUUAACUAAGUAGGGGUUCUCUUUUGGUGGGUCUGUUUGAUCGCUUAGAAAACAUAGGAAAGAAACAAGAGAAAAGCUUGGGAAUAGUGUGACUGCCAUGCUUAUCUCGAACUCAUCAAUGGCAUCUCUGGCAACCCAUCAGGAGAUCUUUUGAGGAGCUCAUUGGAGUUGGGUUGGGAGAAGGGGGCGUGUGGUGAGAAUUAUGUUUGGGUGAAAAAAUGACCUGAAAGCAAAAGAAAAUUUUGGUUUUGUAACAGUUACUAUGCUCUGUUUAGCUGCUGAGAAAAUCAAGAAGGCAGGGGAAAAAACACAGGAAGUGUUACUACAUUGCUUGAUAAGUUGAAUCUAAAAGAAUUUGUAUUCUUUGUGAUUGGAUU